CGCAAGUUUUGGCAGGACAGAGGGGGCUCUCUGCGGGGCAGAACUAUAUCAAAGACCCUUCAAACACAGGAAUACUCCCACCGUGCCUUAACAAACCAUAUGUUUGUCAACUUUGAAGAAUUUUCAGCCAGCCCCGAUUCGACAAUGACUGCCGUUGUGUCCUCUUUCUUCGACUACGAAGUGACGAAUAAGAACAAUAAGGUGAUGACCUUCAACAGUCCCCUCUCCAGUCCCCAUUUACAGUCUGUCCCCUCCAUGGGUGCCAAUUCCUCCUUUACCCCCACCGGGACCCUGCUGGACAGGAAGGUGGUGGGUGCCCCUUCAGUGGGACUCUAUCAGCGCCGCCACUCUGUGUCCGUUACCAGUUCCAAAUCAACACAGAACCAAUUUAUAAACAAUCUCAAGAUGGACAACUCGGCCUCCAUAAACGGCAGCAGCAACAACAAGGAGAACCGCUUCCGUGACCGGUCCUUCUCCGAAAACGGGGAACGUCUGAGGCCAAGCAGCAUUACAUGCAUUAGUGCCAAUGGAAAUGGCCAGGUCAACUCAAGCCGCUAUAAGACCGAACUCUGCAGACCCUUCGAAGAGAACGGCACCUGUAAAUACGGCGACAAGUGCCAGUUUGCUCAUGGGAUGCACGAGCUUCGUAGUCUAAAUCGCCACCCUAAGUAUAAGACCGAGCUCUGCCGCACCUUCCACAGCAUUGGUUACUGCCCGUAUGGGCCACGAUGCCACUUCAUCCACAAUGCCGAGGAGCGCCGCGGACCCCCUCCUCUCUCAUCGUUCAAUAAGAUGGAGCGCCCCCGUCUUCAUCACAGCUUCAGUUUUGCCGGUUUCCCAAGCUCAGGUGGUUCCCAGGACAGCCCAACCUCUGUCACACCUCCGCCCCUGUUUUCCGCAGAAGACCUCAACGAGUGGUCCAGCAACCCGUUUGCUUUCUCAAGUCAAGAGCUCGCCAAUUUGUUUGUACCCAGUUUAGGUGGUACCACCAUUCCCGAUCUGCCUGGUCCUCACUCACCCACCUCCUUCUUCAGACCCAUGUCCGAGUCUCCACCAAGCCCUCCAGACUCCCUUUCCGACCAGGAAGGCUACCAGAGCAGCUUGGGCAGCCAGAGCGGAUCUGAGUCACCACUGCUGGAUGCAACGCGUCGCCUUCCCAUCUUCAGCAGACUCUCCAUCUCUGACGAUUAAAAUCUUUCCCGAGAGGUUUUAGGCCUGAGAGAGAAGGCAUGGAGAGCUGGCGAGAAUGAGAGAGUAAUUUUCCUCCUAGCAAUCCCUUCCUGUCCUUGCUUUGUUUACAGCAGAGAAGUGGACUAAAGUACAGUGUUCUUGUAGCCACUGAGUCAAAUCAGAACUUACUACCCCCCUGUAGCAUCAAACUUAAGUGUCUACCCGUGCCUCCCUAGACGUCGUUAACAUGCCUGACGUAAUGCAAAAACCAGAACUGUUCCCUUCAAGGCCUACUGGAACAUGCUAAAUCCAUACUUAGGUUGUGGUGUUCAAACUAAAGUGCGGUUUCCUGAAUCAUCCAAGGACCUUCUUGUUCAAAGAAUCUACUGAAUUUUAUAACAUCAGACCUAAAGGUGCCACUUUUCUUGCAGGAGAUCCUUGCUGGUAGAUCAUCGGGACUUAAAGUGCCUAUCAAACUAAUUAUUUUCCUACUUUUCCAAUCAAAGUGAUUAUUGUCCGGGGUAGAAAAGGUUUAAAGAAAAGAAUCAAACCCAUCUGAGAGUUGUAUGAAUCAUUCUGAAAGUAUGCCUAGUGGUGCUAAAUGUGCUGUCACCGUGGUAAUUAUCCCUAGAACAUGUGAUCCCUCACUCUUAAAAAAAAAGUGUCCGCUGGUUGUUGGAUUAUGUAAGAGAGAAGAGGUCCUUCCUUUAAUCUUUCUGUUGGAGUUACCACUAAAGAUAUGACUUCAGUGGCCACUAAUUUUUUGGUUGAAAUGUUUCAAUAUCAUUAUUUCAAUAUCGUAUUUCCCCUAUUAUUGUUAUAAUAACGUUAUUAUUGCAUCAUUACAACUCUUGUUGGUAUUUUCUGUUUGGAAAAUGAGAACUUUCGAACCGAAAGUUUUGCUUGUCAAUGCUUAUUUAACUUAUCAAAAAUGUAUUUAUUGCUGAUUGUAAGCAUUUUUUUAUUUUGUUUGUAUUUAUCUGGAUAAUGAAACAAUAGAAUAUAUUUUCCUUUAUGUUAAAUUAUGAUCUUCCGUAUUAAUCGUAAGAUUGUGAAGACCUUUUUUUGCGUUAAGUUUCAACAGUUAAUAUAUUAUACUGCAAUGACAUUUUGUAACUACGUUUUGAUUUAUUUUUAAAGUGAAACUUAAUUUAAAAUGAGAAUGCAAAGAGGAUUUUUUUGCAUUUUAUUUAUUAUUUUCCUCCCUGAUGUUGGACUGCAGUUUCAGGAUGUUUAUGCCUCUAUAAUCCUUUAUUAUUUGGCUCCGACCGUCUAGAAUGUAAACAGACUUGUCUUGACAAUAACAGUCCUGUGCCUGUGAUUUUUAUAAAUCUCAUGUUUAGACUGGGAUCCUCUCAUCAAGACUCAAUUCAGUAUGAACAAAUCGUAGACAGUAAAUGCAUUAUAGUGCCAAUCUCACGACCCCCGCGGUGGUCCAAACCUCUGAUCGCAACAUUCUGAUCCGACAUGUCUAAAACAGACGGUUUAUAAGGGAAUUGUUAAAUAUGCAUUUGUGUAUUUAUUUCGCCCGUUUUAAACCAUGAUGUGUUCACCAGUAAGCAUGUGUUUUUUUGAUUUGUUAUGACUCAAAAUUCGUAUUUAUUUACAGAUUUUGGACCACUUCUACUUUCCAAGUGCCUAACAGUACAUUCCGAGAGUCUUGUACCUUUUAGGAUUGUAAUCCAGAGUCGUUAUUUAGAUUUUAGCAGGAAUUCAAGGUUAACAGGAUUGACAUUGACAGAACUACAGUUGAAUGUGUCCUAUGUUUGCAGCUAUUGCUGUUCACAACAAUAUGUUUUCUUUUGUAACGACAGAUUGCAGUUUAAACCAAUAAAAAUAUCUAUUUAUAAGCUAA